AUGCACAUCUCCAAUUCUAUGCUUUUGAUGACAGCCUUGACCGCUGGGUCGGCCAUCGCUCGUCUUCACGGCCAUGACCGCCGCCACGCCCACCCCAAGGACGCCGUCGAGCUCAAUGUCGACGUUGAACAGCCUGCCGUGACUGCCGCCCCUGAGAAGCGUGGCGUUGGUGCUGAGGUCGUCGCUACCAUUGAUGGCCAGCUUGUCUCCUGGAUCAACGAGUGGUCCGGUCAGCAGUCUUCCGAGUCCUCCCCCGAGACCGAGUCCACCGCUGCUCCCACCACUACUGCCACCCCCACCGCCGCUGCCACCACCAGCGAGGCCGCAGCCGUCUCUUCCGUCAGCGCUACCCCUGUUGCCUCCAGCUCCUCCAGCUCCAGCUCCAGCAAUUGGGCUGACUACCCCGCCGACGGCGACUACACCACCACCGGAUUCGGUGCCUCCACCGCCAGCAAGCGUGUCGGCUCCCUCGACUGGGACUACAUCGGCAACGUCGGCAACCCUUGGGGUAGCAACAUCAUCCAAGUUUCCGAGGACAGCGCCAGUGGCUACAAGCACGUUCUCCGUUUCGAGAACGAUAACUCCAAGGCCUGGACUGUCGUCAUGUGGAACUCAUACGGACCCAGCGGUGGCCUGAACGGUUUCUGGAGCCCCAACAAGGCCCUCAGCUUCACCGUCGAGCCCAACGAGAGCGUCUUCGUCGCUAUCGACGAUGACUCCCAGGGUGGAUGGGGUGCCGCCGAAGGCGAGGACCUGCCCACCAACUAUGUCGGCGAGUACGCCUCCACCUGGGGAGAGUUCGACAUGAGCAACUCCCAGAACGAUGGCUACUCCGGCUGGGACGUGUCCUGCAUCAUUGCCGAGCUCGCCAACAUGGACAUCGCCGGUAUGCAAAUCUGCAACCACGCCGGUGAGAAGUGCUCCUCCAUCACCAAGGGCGCCGGCGCCACCGUCAACGCCUACACCUCCGCCGACCAGGGCAAGAACGACAAGGCUGUUGCGCAAUCCGCCGGCCCUGUCCGUCUCGUUGUCAACCUCGGCUGGUCUUCUUAG